AAUUAUUUAUGUCUUAUGAGCUUUUCAAUAAUUACUUUCCAGGUGAAAACUUUAAAAGAUUGCGUAAGUGUGCACAUAUUUACAGAGUAAUAAAAUUGCCUGGUUCGGUUACAUGUAUAAAGGGAUUUUAUAGUAAUUAUUCAUUUAACUUUUGGAGAGAUGGAAAUAAAACGGGUCGGUUUGUGACGAAUGGUGAUUUUCUGUGACAAUAUACGCCGGGUAACCCUUCCAUCUGACCACUCUGCCGAUGAACGGACUCUGUAAGCCGAUAGCUUGAUUGAUUUUCUAAAUGGAUUACAUAAACCCGGGUCGUCUUCGGGGGUGCGUUUCUUCCCGUGGACUCCCGUAUUGAUUGUUUCUAGUUGACGGUGUGAAGCUGUGAUCUGACCAAUCGGUGGACAGAUUAUAGGCGCUUGUUGACCAGCCACUGACGGGUGGGCACCCCCAGAGAUCGGAUUCCCGUCCCUCGGGCAUCUUAGGGUGCAUCCCAGAUUUACAACUCCGGAAAAAAUGACAAGGUUUUAUCACCAGUAUAACGCUACUGGCAUAUCAUAUGCAUCUUAUUGUCAAGUGAGAAAAUUACCAGUGCAGGAAUUAAAAUGGCCUUAGAUAUAAUUCAUUUUGCUUUUUUUUACUUCCAUGUGAUCAAUUUGAAAAAGUGUUUUUCUGACUGGAGGGUGGCUUUUCAUUAUGUUUCGAUUGAAUUGGACGCCAUUUGUCGAUAUCUUAAUGCAUACAAUAUUCUACCACCUAACACCGUCGUGUGGAGGCCGCAGCAAUGACCUGAAGUAGCAAAGGUCCACCAUGCCACAGUUGCUGGAUAAGGCAAGAUAUAUAACGCUGUUGCUACUGUUAACCACACUGGCAGCGAACACUUCACCGGCCGAGGACCAGUUUAACUUUGGAGACUCGGACAUCGUUCACUUCCAGGAUUCCAACGUACUUCCGGAAAGGGAGGAGGUUCUGCAUUAUCUUCUAUUCAACUUCACUUCUCGAGUAUUUUUUCCACACACAGAGAAAGGAAGGCCAUUGUAUUUGACUGUCAUACCGUGCGCAUCCCCGAUCGAAUGGACUUUGUUGCAUGGAGGUAAGGCUCUGUACAAUCACACCGGGGGAGAGUCUCACAGCUUACACUACACCACGGGGACCCCUGGGCUGUACACGAUCACACUGAAGCCCCUGGAGAGCGACACCUACGUAAAACUGUACAUCUCCGACAGCUUCCCGCUAAAAACCUAUCCAGUUCUGCCAGAUGACGAUACAGUCAAAAUAAAGAAAAAGAGUCGGAAAGGAUUCAGUGUCGAGUGGAACAAAAGUCCCAAAGAGACGCCGUUCGACAACAUCAUUGAGUACCAUAUUGCUGUGAACCGGAAGCGCUCUUUUGACACGUUUUGCUCACUUAUGUCUCAUCUUCACGGGGACAAACGUCCUUCCCGACCAGACACUUUUAAUUUUUUAGAAGAAGAAAAAAGAUACCAAAAGUUUUUAAGGGAAGCGAACCCGAUCAAACCUGCCAAAAAGAACGCGAUCAGUUACAGGAAAACGAAUGCAACCGUGUUCAAUUUUAACAGAGCCCGACCGGGGCGGAAAUAUUUUGUAAAUGUGUAUGUGUAUAAUAAACUAACGCGCCUGGCCAGCGCUUUCCAAAGUUUGGAGGUAAGGACUAAACCUGGAAAAAGAAAGCCCCCUUCUGUGAAGAGGUUAAAGAACGGACAAAUCCAAGUACAUCAAUUCACGAAGCCCAAGGAGCUGCUUACGAUGGAGUUCAGGGUAAGCAAACCUGCCAAGGAAGCAUUGCUUGGUGUUCAAGUGUGUGGCCAAAAGGUGCGGUUUCAAAUAAGGACUAAAAAGAAGAAAUGGUUCAGUAGAAAGAUUCAAAACUAUAAGGAGUUUACUCUCACAGAUCUGCCAAAGGAUACGUAUACGAUAAAAAUCAAAGGUUCAAAGAAAGGAGGUGGUGAAGUACGAUUCACAUUAACUACUAAGAAAAAUAAAUAUAAGUUUCCGAGUUUACCCAAGAAAACUUCGGUGACGUCACUCAAUACGACGUGUGAAAAUGUGACCAUCGCCUGGGUGGGCGAGACACGACGUCAGACGUUUUGUGUGUAUAAGACGGAACUCUCAGAGGCCCAGAGCGGCCUCCGACCAAAGAUUGACCAGUGUUCUAGUGAAAUUGACAAGGCUAGUGAAAAAGUGUUUUGCAAACGAUUUAGAAAUCACCGUCAGCAACACGCUUUGCAGGAGACGGUGACAGGACUUAAGACCGGGCGUCACUAUAGAAUUGACGUCACCGUCAUCCGAAAUAAACGUUCAAAAAUGUUCUUACGAUAUGACAGUUUAUAUGUUAAAACGGAAGACACGUGCUGAAAUAGAGGUGAUGUUCAGGUGUGUGGUGUGAAUGUUUAUUUGUAUGUGUGUCUGUGUGUAGCGAGUGCGUGUCUGAGAUCUCUAUAUGUAUAUAUAAAACAAUGUUGGCGGAUGACCAAAGCUAUAUUUCUGGUUACAAGAUUACCUUUGUUACAAUAGGAGUUUACAAAAAGGUGUUCUUAAUCUAUUUUGAAAGUUGAAUUAGGUAAAAAUUGGAGUUAUUAAGGGGAUUCUACUACUGAAAUUGUCUUGGUACAUGCAUGUAUUACAAGCCCCAAUGUCUAUUAUUUUCAUAUGACCAAACCAUGACGAUUUUUAAAAAAAAAUUUCUUUCUCUUUUUUACAUUGAAACAUAUCAUCUUUUGUCCAUUUCAUUAUUUUUUGCCGUAGCAAAUAUGGCUUCAGAGCUAAGCUUUUUCUUCAUGUCCGAUUUUUAUCCCAGGCACAAAAACUUUUUUUAUACAUAUUGUUUUGUUUUAAGUUGUGUGUCCUUAAAAAAGUUUUAAAUACUGAAAUCAAUGGCAAAUCGGACAUUUUAGUUGAUCAUGAAUUCCAUAUGGUUUCCUUCUCCCUAUCAAUAAAAGAAUGAGAUGUGAGUGUGGCUAUGUACAUGUAUAUAAUUUAAUUUAUGUGUUAUGGAAGUUGAAAAAUUAGGAGUUUUCAAAGCAGCUGUGAUGUAAAGUAAAUGCAUUGUGAUAUUCUUGGGCAUGAGUGACACCAUAUAGGCUAUCCCCCCCCCACCCCGACGACAAAAUACCCCGUCACCCCCAUGCCCCGACUGUCUUGUGUCUGUACCUUGCUUUGAAGCUUUUAAUUUAUUUGAGUAAAUGAAAGUUCGUUUGUCAGUGCAAUGAUUAAUGUUUUCAUCUCAUUUUAUAAUUCACGAUUUUGGUGCUAUAUAUGCUUGUUCACAAUCCAUCCCCUUAUGAUUUACACAUCCGACAUACAUUUUAUUAUUAUAUUUUUAAUAUCAUUUUCAACUACAGAAAUUAACACGUUAGGCAACAGUGCUAGACAGGAAAAUAAACAACUGUAACAACCACCCCAAAUUUACACUAGAAAUUGAAAAAAAAUACGAGAAUCAGUUCUAAAGAUAUAUAGAAGAUACCGGUUCAUAUAAUGAAUAGACAAGUUACAUUUAUUUAGCACUGGCUCCAUGAAAUAACAGCAUUUACUCUGUGCAGAUUGUCAAUGAGGAUCCUCAUAGUUUAUUUUAUCCUAACAGUCGCCGAUGUGAUUUUUAAACUAUUUAUUCCAAACCGUCGUUAAUAUAGUCGGGAACUUUGACACGUAAAUCAUGUUUGGUUUAUAAAGAUAAGAAAUGGAUGUAUCCUGAAUUUGGCACUCUCAGAAUCUUUCAACACCUAACAAACUGUGCAUUUCAGAAAAAAAACGGUAUUUUUAUCAAAACCCUUAUCCUGAUAUCAAUGUUACCGUAACAUUGGGCCCCGAGAAUGUUGCCGUAACAUUGGGCCCCGAGAAUGUUACCGUAACAUUGGGCCCCGAGAUUGUUACCGUAACAUUGGGCCCCGAGAUUGUUACCGUAACAUUGGGCCCCGAGAUUGCUUGCGUUCGGAUCGUCUCGGGCAAAGACCUUUGUUGUCUCCAGUGACUUAAUUAAGCCCCCUCCCUCCCUCCUCCUCCCCUUGCCAUUUUUUUCCGAAAUGAAAUCCUAUAAUCGGCUAAGAGUUAACCUGGGAGUGUGUUGUGUCAGUAUUUAUUACAUUUUGUUAUGUAUUUAUUACACAAGCAGUAUUCCUUUCACAUUUCUCCCGCUGUAAUCUCAUUCAACAUUUGUUUAUAUUUAUUUAGAAGUUGAAUUUAUGAAAUGGAAAUAUUUUGAAGGUCUCUAUAUCGUCGCCUCGCUUCCAUGUGCAGGUAUAAGUUUCAUUAACCGGAAGUGACUUUAUUUUGCGCAUGUUCAGCUAAUAUGUAAUCAUGCUUUUAUAGGCAUUUUAUGCAAAUUUAACAACCUGAGGUCCCUUUACAAUCGCAACCUCUCGGGCUUUUCCGAAAGGCCCGAGAAGUUGCGAUUGGUCCCGUUAAUGUCAUGUUUCCAUUUUGUUUUAUAUUUAAUAUGAUUCAAACAUGUUGUUGAUUAAAAAUUGUUAAAAGAAAUUCUAA